AUGACAUCCAACUUCAAAUCUAUCCCGGUCAUCGACCUAUCCCUCGCCAAGUCACCCAUAACUCGGCCCAAGCUUCUCCAAGAACUCCACCACACCCUCACCUCCAUUGGGUUCCUGUAUAUCACGAAUCACGAUGUUCCACAAGACGUAAUCUCAGACCUCAAACAUGCCCUCCCCACACUAUUUGCCCUCGAUCCGGCCGAAAAAGAAGAAGUGGCUUUACACAACUCCCCUCAUUUUCUGGGAUACAGCCAAGUAGGCUCAGAAACAACAGCCGGAGUCGCAGAUAAACGCGAACAAUUCGAGUUUGCAACCGAGCUCCCAGACUUAUGGCGCUGGCCGUCCCAAGACCCAUCUCUUCGGAUCGUCAUCCAGAAAUAUAUUCACGAAUUAACAAAUCUCAGCGAGCGAUUCUUGCGCUUGGUGGCUGAAGCACUCUCCCUAGACCCCGAGACUCUAUUCGCAUUCCUCUCGGAACAGCAUCGUCUCAAGCUAGUCCAUUAUCCCGCCUCAGAUCUUAGUUCAGAUCCCAACAUUCAAGGUGUGGGCCCUCACAAAGAUUCUUCUGGAUGGUGGACAUUUCUUCUCCAAGCAUCACCUCCAACCGUGAAGGGUUUACAAGCUCUCAACAAGACAGGUGAAUGGAUCGAUGUCCCUGUCAUUGAAGAUACGUUCGUUGUAAAUAUCGGACAGGCUUUUGAGGUGGUUACUCAUGGUGUGUGUCCACGCGGGCACACGUCACUAUGGGGUAUCGCAGGGUUCCAUCACUCAACGAAACUUAUGUUUUAA